UGUGUGUGUGUUUGUGCUUUGGGUAUAUAAAAGCAGCAGCAUCACCCGCACACCCCUCAGAAAUCUCAGAGCAGGUCACCCACAAUCACGCACGGACACGCACAUCGAGGAGCGAACGGGAUGCGUGCGAUCUAACGGACAUCAGCUUUUUACAACAGAGAAUCAGCAUCAUGACCAGGUCUGUGCAAGAGGAGCAGGGGUCGGUGGAGUCGGAGGAGCAGCAGGAGCUCCACAGCCCCGCAGGAGGAGAAGCAGAGAGGGGAGGAGGAGGAGGAGGAGAGGAGGAGGAGGAGGAGGAGGACCACCUCCACCAUCUGGACGAGGACGACGAUGAGGACGACGACGAGGAAGAGGAGGAGGAGGAGGAGGAAGAUGGCGAGAGCAAACCCAAGAGGCGAGGGCCGAAGAAGAAGAAGAUGACGAAGGCGCGAGUGCAAAGGUUUAAGGUCCGUCGAAUGAAGGCUAACGCCCGCGAAAGGAAUCGCAUGCACGGGCUGAACGACGCCCUGGAGAGUUUGCGCAAAGUCGUGCCGUGUUACUCCAAGACCCAGAAACUGUCCAAGAUCGAGACGCUCCGCCUCGCCAAGAACUACAUCUGGGCCCUGAGUGAGGUCCUGCGAUCUGGCAAGGCGCCCGACCUCAUGAACUUCGUCCAGGCGCUCUGCAAAGGUCUCUCUCAGCCGACCACUAACCUGGUGGCGGGCUGCCUGCAGCUGAACCCCCGGACCUUCCUGCCGGAGCAGACGCCCGACCUGCCCGCUCAUCUUCCGCCCGCCGGCGCCGCUGCCUAUCCCGGACACUACUCUUACCAGAGCCCCGGUCUGACGGCCGGCCUGCCCAGCCCGCCCUACGGCACCAUGGAUCCCUCCCACAUCUUCCACCAGGUCAAAGGCCAGCCCUACGGCUCCCUGGAGCCCUUCUUCGACGGGGUCAUGGUUUCGGAAGCCCCGCCGUUCGACCCGCCCCUCAGCCCGCCGCUCAGCAUCAACGGAAACUUCUCCUCUUCCUUCAAGCACGAGGUCAUGGCGCCUGCCGACUACGACAAGAGCUUCGCCUUCAGCGUGCACUACGGCGCGGGUGCAGCCGGGGGACACAACGCCAUGUACGCCAGCGGGGGGACCAACCCGCGGUGCGGUGAAAUGCAGGUGGACGGGCUGAUGGGCUUUGAUGGACACACGCACCACGAGCGGCUGAUGAACGCCCAGUUGAACGCCAUCUUCCAUGAGUCCUGAGGAAGCGGAGGACGAAGGACUGAGAUACUGAUGUAGACCAAGAGACGGACGGACAGAACAUUGUAUAAUCUUUCCCUCUGUCCUCCUUUCUUUUCUUCUUUCCGUCUGCAUCAGGCUACUCUCUUCGGUCAUGAGGACGGAGGUGUCGGCGAAAAAAUAUCACGUUGUUGAUGUAACCUUUGUAGCGCUUCAUACUGCGGAGAUCCUCUCUGAAUGUCUCAUUAUUAUCCAUAUUAUCACUUCAAAAUAAUCAAUCACCAAUAAGCAAUAAUCUGGAAGAAACUAUGCAAUUUUGUUGAAAAAAAAAAAACCUGAGCACAGCUCAGCUGAUGAUUCCAAAUGUUGAAAGAAUAAAGAUUCCUCUAUUUUUGGGUCAGUGUGUCAGUGUGGCGACGUUGGGCCGGCGCUGGGCCGGUUCUCAAGCCGGGAGCGGGCUGGAGUGUUCCAUGUUGUUCGCGUGGUUUUUACUUUAUGCUUUUUAUAAUGUUCCUGUAGUCUUCUGUUAUAACAUUUCAUGUAACUCUCGUUCAUAUUUUAUAAGAUAGAUGUUUAUAAAAUGCCUUUUAUUAAAAGGAAUUCAAUGUGA